CUCCGGUCACGUGACGCGGCUUCGGGGGCGGCGGAUGGACACCAUAUAGUCCCGUCCAACGCCACGCCGCCGCCUCUGCCGCUCCGUAAUGGUGUUGCGGCUUUUGUCGGCGUCUCCCGCGUACAAUCCGAGGAAGAAUGGAGGGAUAGAAGCCCAGAAAGAGAGGCUGCGGGCCGGCGGGCGGUGGCGAGGCGGGUGACGCGCGGCGGAAGGACACAUCACGGCCGGAUCUCGUUUUGCUUCAGGCGGUGCCGCUAUAAAGGGGGUGCGCGGGCGGUGCCGCCUCAUUGUGUGCCUGUCGCUGGCAACGGGAAAAGUGUGAGUGGUCGUGCGUGGGCGCAGCGGCUUCCCGCGCGGCGUGGCCCGGAGCAGCCUCCCCGUCCCCUGGCCGCCAUGGCUCUUUAAGGGCGGCAGGGCCAGCGGCGGCAUCGGCCAGUGCAGCGGGCGCAGCAGCAGCGGCGGCGGCCUCAGCACAUCCCCGGCAUCUGCAACCAUGGCGUUUUUCAAGGCAGCGCACAGCAGCAUUGCUGUAGUGGACAAAAAGACCCUCUACUCAUCGUCUACAUCCUUUGACGUCAAAGCGUUACAAACCGACGAAGAUGAGCCUCUUGAACAACGAGAUGCUGUUGGGGGAUUCGUUAUCCCCCUUCAGCCAGCCGUGUUCGGUGGCUGAGGAAAGUCUGGGACUCCUAGAUGACUACCUGGAGGUGGCCGAGCCCCUCAGUUCGCAUGGGUUCUCCAGCGACAAGGCUAAGGCAGUCUCCUCCAAUUGGCUUGCUGUGGACAGUUUAGGCAACACCAUAGAUAGCAGCCAGGAGGAUGCCUUCUCUGGCAUGGAGUGGAUGGUGGAGAAGAUGGAUCUGAAGGAAUUUGAUUUUGAUGCCCUGUUAGGUAUGGAACACCUGGAAGCCACCGUCUCACCAGACGAGCUGAUGGCCACGUUGGAAGACACGUGUGAUCUCCUAUUUAACCCUCCCAUCCAAGAAUUUCAUAACAAAGAACCUCCACCGAUCACCGACCUAAUGGCCCAUCUCCCCGAGUCUCCCAUGGGGGCGGAUCCCGUGGCCCCCCUGGCUCCCCUUUGGUCCUUCCCCCUCUCCCCAGAGUCCCUGACUUCCACUCCAGACCAUUCAUUUAGUUUAGAACUAGGUAGCGAAGUGGAUGUUCUGGAAGGAGAAAGAAAACAGGAGGGCCCCACCUUUCUAGUAGUGAUCUUAAAGUCCGAGAAGGAGGAGGAGAACAACCAUUCCGACGAUAGUGGCAUAUGCAUGAGCCCAGACUCCUACCUGGGGACGCCCCAGCACAGCCCCACGGCUGUGCUGGGGUCCCCCCGCGACACCCCCUUCCCUGCAGACGGCCCCCGUGCUGCCACGCGCCCCACACCCUAUGAACGCCCCGCUGACAAAGCGGCCACUGCUGCCUCAGCCAAAGCCAAGGGGGAGAAGAAGAUGGACAAGAAACUGAAGAAGAUGGAGCAGAACAAGACAGCUGCCACACGAUACCGGCAGAAGAAAAGGGCAGAGCAGGAGGCGCUCUCGGGGGAAUGCAGGGAGCUGGAGCAGAAGAACCAGGCCCUGAAAGAGAAAGCUGAUUCCCUCAGCAAGGAAAUCCAGUACCUGAAAGAUCUGAUCGAGGAGGUCCGCAGGGCCAAGGGCAAGCGGGCCAGAGUCCCUGAGUAGGCUAGUUGUCAGUUCCUGUGUGCCUGUAAAUACGCGCGCUGCUGGAGCUUGUGUUUCGCUGUCUAAUAAAUUAUUUUAUAGUAAA